UUUUACAGUUGGUAGUGGCCAUCAUGAAGUUGAAUCUAGUUGAAUCAAUCACUUUUAUUUAAUACGCAUCUUGGCCCCCCUGCAGCCAGCAGAGGAAAAUAUGUGAAGCAUCAACCAUGGCGGGUUUCGAAGAUCUGGACAAGACCUUGUUCCCGCUGAAGGACGUGAGUUCUGUGAUCGAGGUGUUCAAGGGGCAACUGGAGGGCGGCGGGGAGCCCGACCUUGCAUUGCUGUCCAUCAUCGCCGGAGCCUUCGAGAAUUCCCUGACAUGCCGGUCGGUAAGCGGUAGCAGCAGCGUCGCCGCAGCAACAUCACAACAUAGCGACCCCAUGGAGCAGGCCCAGUCACAGCCACCUGUCCUCGAACUGCACAACAUCCAGACCCUUUACGAUAAGUUCCAUGCCAUUAUGAAGACAGCCGUCGAAGUGUCCAAUAACAACGGUACUAAGCACUACGCCACUCGCGAACUCGUGAAGAAGGUGUCGGAUGUGGUGUGGAAUUCGCUCACCCGCAGCUACUACAAGGACAGAGCGCACCUGCAGAGUCUCUACAGCUACCUCACUGGUCGCAAAUUGGACUGCUUUGGAGUGGCAUUUGCAGUGGUUGCAGGCUGUCAAGCACUGGGCUACAAUGAUGUGCAUCUUGCUCUAUCUGAGGAUCAUGCAUGGGUGGUGUUUGGUGAGACAGGCUUGGAAACAGCAGAGGUGACAUGGCAUGGGAAGGGAAAUGAAGACAAGAGGGGUCAGGAGGUUGGCAAAGGCGUUGAUGUCAGGUCGUGGUUGUACGUGAAUAACAGACCUGUUAUUUGCACCAGGGCAAUGGAAGUCGCCGCUCUGGUAUCCGCAAUAAAUCCAUCGCUAAACGCGACCCAUGACGCAUUUGAAGUUGCAGUACUUCAACAAGAAUUAUUAUGGUUACUUUAUGAUUUGGGUCACUUGACUAAAUAUCCUAUGGCCAUAGGGAAUCUGGGAGAUCUUGAAGAAAUUUCAGCAACGCCUGGCCGAGUCCCAUGCAACACAUUGUUCCAAGAGGCUAUUGUAUCUGCAAGAACAUUUUACAAUAAUCAACAUGUGUACCCUUACACUUAUCAGGGAGGUUAUUUUUAUCGCAACAAAAAGUACAAAGAGGCUUUUGAGAGUUGGGCAAAUGCUAGUGAUGUUAUACGACUAUACAACUAUUCACGUGAUGAUGAAGAGAUUUAUAAAGAAUUCUUAGAGAUUGCAAACGAAUUGAUACCUCACAUAAUGAAAGUGGAGAGCUCCGGUUUUAGUGCAAAUACGAUACUCAAGAAACCUGAAUGCUUCGCAAACCUGUUGCGCUUCUACGACGGCAUAUGCCAAUGGGAGGAAGGCAGCGCCACGCCCGUCCUGCACAUCGGUUGGGCAAAGCCACUCGUGAACACCAUCUCCAAGUUCGAUGCGAGUGUCCGAGCCCAGGUACAUAUUGUCUGCGAAUCUCCGGAGACGACCGAAUACCAGCACCAUCAUCCGCACCACCACCACAGCAAGCAGGAACCUAGAGCGCAGACUAGCUCGAAUGGAAGCGGUGCAGGCGGAAAUUGCUUGAACAACAACAACUACAGCGCACCGCCCUGCAAAGAGAAUGGCAACGGUACCGCGGGGUCAGUCGAUGCCAGCAGCUCUGAGGAAUCUGGUAGUUUGCAUCCUAGUAUCGAGGCUCUUACCGCCGGAUGCUCUGAAAAGAUCCUAAAUCCGGAGUACCUUCUUCAAGGAGGUGGCAAUCCCUUUGUUGGGACGGAAGAUUGCGCUAUGAAGUCUAACGGUUCCUCGGCGAGCACCUCGAAGCAGCUAGAAUCUGAUGGCGACAGUAAAAAGGAAACGUUGAAAGAGGACGAGAAGAUUGAGGACGACGUUGACGAUAUUCUUCCGAACAGAACGGCCAAUCCAACCAUCGUUCUGCACAGUCAGAAGAUGAAGGAGUUGAAGGAUUUAUUGUUGGCGGAGAAGUUGAACACGCACGCGAUUUCCCUUCACCUAACGGCCCAAUCUCAGGUGCAAGUAAGUAAAAAGAGUCGCGGCUGCUCCAACGUUGAGAGCGACGGGGGAGGCGGUAUGAACAUGCGGCCGAAGCGAGCACGUAGAGAAUAAAACCUUUAGAAUAAAAGAAAAAGGGAAGCAGAAAGUUGCCGACGAGACGAGCGAUUGAGUUUUACUUUCUAUUGUCUCUACGCUUUCCGCUUUAGUCGGAGGUCCGAGCAACAAGUGGGUACUUAAAGAAAUUAACCAGAUUUGCGUUUUGGCGGCGGCAGGUGUGGGAGGGGCAUCCAGUACAGCAAACAGGUGUGUGAUAAUACGGAGAACGAAUGUGAUUUAUUAACAAACAAAAUAAUAAGAGAAGAUGCCCAAUUUGAAUUAUUAGCAAGAAAAAAAUAUAUAUAUAUAAUAUAGCAAGAGAGAAACUUACGGGUUAAUUCCCACAUGUAUAUUUAUGUACAGGAUGCGUUCGCAACUUGCACGGAGAUGAUGCUCACUUUACCAGACACAAUUAUAUGUACAAUAUAUGUAUUAAAGUGAUUAAUUAUCAAACAGUGUCGAUGUACUUAGUUCUUAGGUCAACUAAUCUGAGGAUACAAUUAUUAAACGAAGUAAAAACCAGAUAAAAACAAAAAAUGGGAGUGCAAUCACUAAACUUAAAGCAUUAAAUAUAGCACUUUGUAUGUGCGUUUUAAGUAAUUAAUUAUCAAUUAAUAAAGUAAAGUACUUUGUUCUUUAACUAUUAAUUAUUAAAGCGUUUGAAACAAGCAUACUAUUUCUAAGUAGAUCUGAGCAACAUCCCUCAAAUAAUAGUGAACAUCCUGUAUGUGAGAUAUAUAUAUAUAUAGAGAUAUAAUAUAUUGUGUUUAUAUAUAUAUAUAAAUAUAGACAUUUGUUUUAGCAAUUCCUUGCCAUUUUCAAUUCAGGUCGUUAGUUAGAUAUUAUAUAUGUUUUUUUAAAUAAUUAAUUCGCUUCUCUCAUGUCCAAGUAUUCCAAGUUUUAACUAAUUUUCAUCCUUAAUUAUUUUAACUAACUUAUUUAUUUUCUAAUUUAAUCUCCAUUUUUCAUUUUUUUUUUUAUUUAAUUGCACUCGUUUAUUAAUAGACGAACAGUAUUAUUACGAUACGUUUAUGAAUUAUUUUUCUUUUAUUUUUUAAUGAUUUUUAUAUUUUAACACGUUAUGCACUUCUUCGAUUUUGAUUGAUUGACUGAUCUGCUCAAAAGAUGAAUGGAUCUCAUCUUUUAAUGGCUUACUGCACGCUUACACACAUUUUGUUUAUUAAUUUUAAAUCGAAUAAUCCGAGUGUGCACUUUUAAUAAUUACUAUUACGAUUAUUUACACAUUCCUUUUUUGAUCGUGUU